AUGUUGGACUCCAAAGAUGCCAAGCCGACGCCAUUUGGCGAGAGACUGCUACCUACCAUAAUUGAUGAAUGGGCACACAAUCAUCCUCUCAAAGAGGUCUUCCAGAUCCCCAAUUCAAGUGAUCCCAACGAUGGCUGGAAAGUGCUUUCAUCCAGCGCAUAUGCGACUGCUAUCAAUCAUGUUGCGUAUCGAAUUAUCGACCAGUUUGGGCAGCCAACGCAGGGAACAUUUCCUACGAUUGCAUACAUCGGCCCAAAUGAUGUGCGCUACCUAGUGAUGAUGGUGGCUGCCAUUAAAGCGGGCUACAAGGCAUUCUUCAUAUCGCCGAGAAACUCGCACCAGGGCCAGAUUCAUUUAUUCAAACAGACUGAUUGUAGAAUCAUCGCAUAUCCCCAGAAUUCACAUGCAAUGGUGCAGCCGUGGCUAAAUGACUACCCAAUGAUGACAAUGGAAGUUGAACCAUUGGAUACCAUGUUGCUGAGUAGUGGGCCUCACUUUCCAUACGAUAAGACGUUCCAAGAGGCUAAAAUGGAUCCUGUCGUCGUACUGCAUACCAGUGGCAGCACAGGGUUGCCUAAGCCUGUUGUAGCUCGGGUGGGAAUGGUGGCUGCUGGAGAUGCAAUGCACAAUCUGCCGCCAAAACAUGGGACUGUCCUUAUGAUGCGUGGUAUUAAUGGAAAUCUAACAAUCAAUUGGACAGUGCCAUUGUUUCAUGCAGCCGGGCUCCUCUCGUCUAUCCACCUUGGUUUAUACUGGGAUCGGCCACUUGCGUUUGGUGUGGACCGUCCAAUGUCGGCAGGUCUCAUGGCAGAGUCAAUUGACCGUUUGGACGUUGACAUUGCUAUUCUUCCACCAUCUAUCCUGAGUGCAAUGAGCCAAGACGACGACUGCGUGAGGGCUCUGAAGAAACUCAAAAUAGUUGUCUUUGGUGCAGGAAAUCUUGCGAAUGAGGUUGGCAGAAAGCUUAUUCAAGAAGGUCUUCGUCUGAUGAAUGCAAUCUCAUCGACGGAAUUUUCGCCGUAUCCCCUCUAUUUCCAAUCCCGGCCGGAGCUAUGGCGGUACUUUAUUAUUCCCGCCGACAUUAUGGGAGCAGAUUGGCGUAAAAGUGAUACUGAUGGCGCUUAUAAGCUUGUCAUCAAGCGCCAGGGAGCAGAGCCUGGUCUUCAGGGAGUUUUCUACACAUUUCCAGACAAGAAUGAGUACGACACCCAUGAUCUGUUCACGCCGCACCCAACUUUGGCAGAUCAUUGGCUAUACUACGGUCGGGCUGACGAUAUUAUCGUUUUCUCCAACGGCGAAAAGCUCAAUCCUGUGACAAUUGAGGAGGUAGUAACGGUGCAUCCUCAGAUUCAAGGUGCACUGGUGGUGGGCUCUGGUCGAUUCCAAGCUGGUCUGCUCAUUGAACCCGUGUCACCCCCCGAGAGCGAAGAAAAGAAAGUGGCCUUGAUGGACAGCGUGUGGUCGCUCGUCUCCCAGGCUAAUGAAGACACUGUUGCCCAUGGGCGUAUCGCGCGGCACAUGAUUGCCUUGACUGAUCCUACAAAGACGUUCCCGCGUGCUGGGAAAGGCACCAUCCAGCGUGCCGCAGCCCUGAAGCUUUUCGAAGCGGAGAUUGGCCAAUUAUACGAGCAAGAUCGCGUCAUUUCCAGCGAGGAUGUUGCUCCGUUGGAUCUAUCUUCAGAUCAAGCGGCUGCCGAGUCUGUCCUAGGCUUGUUCAGGUCCAAUCUGGGAGUUUCUCUGCCAGACUUAGACAGCGACCUUUUUGCCUUUGGGGUCGAUUCACUUCAAGUGAUCAACGCCACCAAGCUUCUGCAAGCGAGCGUCCACCAACUCGGGCAUCACGCAAUAGACGAGAAGCUAUUCCCAAAGACCAUCUAUAGUAAUCCUACGCCUUUCCGGCUUGGACGCUACAUACGGGGCCUAGUAAUUCAUGAUGAUGAUGCUAGUCUUGCAUUUGAAGAUGAUGAUGUCCAGCAGCAAUUGAUGAAACAGCUUACUGAGAAAUACACAAAGGACUUCACUUCAUCGAAGCCAAAUCGACCCGAAGGAUACCAUCAGGCUCAGACAAUCAUUCUAACCGGCUCCACUGGCCAACUCGGUUCCUACUUACUGGAUUUGCUGAUCCGAAGCCCUCAAGUAUCGAGAAUUGUGUGUCUCAAUCGUGCCAAAGAUGGUGGAUUGGAGCAACAACGUCAGGGCAUGAAAGAACGCGGCCUCAGCUCCAACUUUACCGAAAAGUCCAGCUUUCAUCAUGCUGAUAUAUCCAAACCAGGCUUUGGGUUGCCAAGCGAUGUGCUUCGCGAUCUCCUCCACAAUGCCGAUCGAUGGAUUCACAAUGCUUGGCCUGUCAAUUUCAAUAUUCCACUGGAAUCUUUUGAGCCACAUCUCCGCGGCGUGCGCAAUGUGGCCGAUUUUGCGACACAGGCCAACAAGCGUGUAGCAGUCAUAUUCAUAUCGUCCAUUGGUACUGCAAGCAGAUGGGAUUCUACCAAUGGACCGAUUCCGGAAAGCCGACUUACUGACACGAGUCUUGCGGCCGCGGGAUAUGGUCGAAGCAAAAUGGUUGGAAGCCUGAUUCUUGAGGCCGCGGCGGCAUCAGGCGACUUUCCUGCAGCCGUGCUUCGUGUUGGUCAAAUCGCAGGCCCAGAGAAAGGGACUGGAACGUGGAAUAAGCACGAAUGGAUACCGAGCCUCAUUGCCAGCAGCUUGUAUCUUGGAGCCCUGCCUUCUGACCUGGACAAUGCUUCGGAUAUCGAUUGGACACCAGUCGAGAAGAUUGCCGCUCUGGUGUUGGAACUUGCCGGAAUUACACAACUGAUGGAUCCGGCAGACAUAAGUGGUUAUUACCACGGUGUCAACCCCCAUCGGACCACGUGGGAUUCCCUCGCUGCAGCUAUCAAGGACUAUUAUGGUUCUCGUCGCAUUCGCGAGCUUAUAAGUUUCAAGGAAUGGACACGCAGGCUGGAAGAAAGCGGGCAAAGCUCUACGGAAAUUGACCUGAAUCCAGGCAUCAAACUACUCGACACGUACCGUGGUAUGGUCGCUGCGAUGGAAUCAGGGCAUCCGUCUCCCCGUUUCGCCACGCAGCGAACAGAGGCCCAAAGUCCAACCAUGCGCCAACCGCAGUCUAUCACGCCUGAUCUUAUGAAGCAGUGGUGUAAGCAGUGGGGAUUUUGA